AUGGACAUGUGCCAGCACGAGGGCAAAGGCGCCAACAUGCUACAGAUUCUUGCCGAGCGCGGAGCCGAGUCGAUCGUGGAUCUUCGGUCGCCGAGCCGCAAACUGAAAUGCAGCCAGAACGCCUCCGACUAUGCUGAUGCUCUCCAAGCGCUCGGCGCGGCGGGCGUACAAUACACGUGCAUCGACUUGCCGGAGGGCGAUGAUGCCCAAGCGAUUGCAAACGAAGUUUUACCUUUGAUGCGGCCGCUGGGAAUCCAAGCGGUGAUCAACGGCAGCUUUGACGAUGUCGUCGAGGUGGCAGACCUCAUUUCUGAGCGCCUUUGCCCUGAGACCACAAACGGUUACCGCCUCAGCGAGGCGCGACACGAUAAGGCGCGGAUGCAUGAGGUUGUCGACGAGGCCGGACUGAGGUCCUUGCGGUCUGUCGAGGUUCACUCGUACGCCGCCGCGGUGGCCCACAUGCGAGAGGGGCGCGCAGCUUGGCCGGUGGUGCUCAAACCCCGCCGCGCGGGCGGCACCUUCGGCGUCAGCGUGUGCCACAACGAAGAUGAGCUGCGUUCCGCGAUCGAAAACACCAUCGGCAAGACGAAUCCGUUAGGCGGCACGAUUGACAUGCUCCUGCUGCAGCCUUACGUGCGCGGCACAGAGUACGUGGUCAAUCGGGAGGACCUGGUGCGAUCCUCGUCCGACGUGCAAGGGGUUGUGGACUAUGUGAAGCAGACGCUCGAUGCCCUCGGCAUCCGAAACGGGCCUUCGCACACUGAGGUGAUGCGCACCGACGAGGGCGAGGUGGUCCUGCUCGAGGUCAACCCGCGCUUUCAAGGCUGCCGACCACACGCACGCGAUGCGGCCGCGCUGGGGCGCAGCGCCUUUGAGGCAGUAGCGGACUCCUUCCUUCGGCCUGCGAUCUUCAUGGCGGAAGCCGAGAAGCCGUACACAUCCGAGAAGGCGGUGUGCCAGCUGUUUCUCGCCUGCCCUUGCGAGCAGGCUGGCGCGCUCAACAAGGAGAUGCUGUCCUUGAUUGCCUGCCUGCCUACUUUCGUCACGUUCAAUCGGGAGCUCUAUCCACUGAACCGCUUCUGCCCACGGCAGGGAGAGAGAGAAUGGUUUAGCAGGACCGGGAGGGUGGUGUUCCCGCCCAUUCGUUGCAAAGGGCGCACGACAUAUUUGCUCAACUCUCCGGGAGUCAUCUUGCUGAGCGAUGCCGAUGCCACGCGGCUAGAGGCGGACUACGAUCUCAUUCGGAGGAACGAGCGUGGGCUUUACUUGCCGGCGGAGCCGCCGUUCGACUGCCUCUGCUGCAAGGACAAGGAGGGGAGGAUGGCCCUGUGCGACGGGAUCAACCCUUUCGAGGAGGAGUUCGCUCUCGGGCAGACGCUUUCUCAGUGCCAGCUCGCGUUACAAAACCUUGAUUUGACCAUUUGCGCGAAAAAGGACACGGUCUCGACGCGCUCGGUUGCCACGACGAGGUCGAGCACGCUUCUAUACGCUCGCCGAGCCUUCCUUUCCAUCCCAUUUGGCAGCCUGGGAACGCCUCCGGAGGCUGACUUUGAGGCAUAA